AUACUGUGUGAUAGAAGCUUGACGACGACGAUUGCAAUUCGUAUUUUUUAAAUCACAGUGAAUAACAAUAUUUAAAUCAUACGUACAUAAAUAAAAAUAAAACAUUGAGCCAUUAACAGUGCCAGCCAUUUUAUUAGUCACUUCAAAUUGUUGUGCCGGAGUGUCCGGCAAUGGAGUUUGCGAUCGGUGUUAGUUCAAAUUGUUUAAUAUCAUCCGGCGUUCGUAGUUAGCCAUAAAUAUGGUGUCUAGGUGUAACUUUUACUCAAUCGCGAUGACCAACGCGAGGUUGAACGCGUUUGGCCAGCGCAGGUUGUUCGUGCCUUGUACGGGUUGUUUGUUAAAUCGUACAACCUCCGUGUCCGCACAGAGAAAACAACAAGCCCUUCCCAGCCUCGGAUGUUUAACCACUGACGUUAGAUCGUAUACGCUUUUCACAUCCGAUGGACGACGGACAAUGUCGACAACGACAAACCCAUCGCCGCCACCAGACGAAAAGCCGCCAAAUAUCUUCCAGAGGUUCAAGAACAUGGCCAAAAAAUACUGGUACAUUGUAUUGCCUGUUCAUUUGGUCACUUCAACCGUAUGGUUUGGUUCGUUUUACUUGAUAGCCAGCAUAUUUGAUGUGCCCGCCUUGUUGGAACACUUGGGCAUUCCCGAUAGUAUCAUCGACAAAGUAAGGAAUGGCAACUCGUGGACCAGUUACUUAGUCAUUGCCUAUGGUCUAUAUAAAAUAUUUACACCGCUCAGAUAUAUGGUAACAUUAGGGGGCACUGGUAUAACCUUGCGUUAUUUGAGAAGAUUAGGAUAUGUUAUUGAUGGGACACCUUCAAAAAAGCCAUAAAAACAUAAUAAAGUUGCACAUUACUUUAUAGUAUAUUUAUAAGAUUGUUUGAAUCUGUUAUAUUAAAUAGACGAAAAAAUGUCUGUUGUGAUUUUAUUAUUUUGUGUAAUAUUUACAACCAAUAUAAUAUUUAAAUAUUGUAAACAUUUUUGAUAAUAUAUUUUAUUAGUUGUCAAUAAAA